AAUCACCCGGCGGCGCCUUUGAUCUUGGGGAGGGAGGCGCGGGGCCGGCUCUCCCCGGCGCGCGCACACGCUGCUCUCCCCGGCGCGCGCUUGAUUGCUGGCUCCUUUUUUUCCUCCCCAGCAAAAACCCCUCGGGCGCUGCUGCUGCUGCUGCUGCUGUCUCACUCAGAGCUAGUUAGUUAGUCAAACUUUCCUGAGGCGGGAGAAGGAGGAGGAGGAGGGCCAAGCGAGGGGGCGGGUUUCCCUCUCUGCCUGGGUCCCCCUACCUAACUGCCGCCUUUGAGGGGCAGGAGGUGCAGGCGAGCUCGAGUCCCUCGUUCCUCUCGGAAGGCGCAGGAGGGAGAGAGAGAGAGAGAGAGAGAGAGGGAAGAGGGAGGAGAGGAAGACCCCCAGGCUCCCCGCUCUCCUCUUGGCCGCCCCGGCCCAGAAGUUGGCUGGAGAGAGAGAGAGAGGGAGAGGGAGGGUGCCCCCGACACCAUGCCUCAGCUCAACAGCGGCGUCGGCGACGACUUGGGCGCCAACGACGAGAUGCUGGCCUUCAAGGACGAGGGCGAGCAGGAGGAGAAGAGCCAGGCCAGCGUCUUCCCCGAGGGGGGCGACCUGGCCGACCUCAAGUCCUCCCUGGUCAACGAGUCCGAGGGCGCCCCCAACGCCAGCGCCAACCCCGGCGCCUCCGCGGCCCCGGCAGCCCCCAGCGAGGCCAUCCGGCGCUUGCAAGAUCCUCAGCGGGUCUACGCGGAGAAGCUCCCGGAUCACAUGGAAGAGGGUUUAAAACAUCAAGAUCCAGGGAUGUACAAAGGAUCUGCUUACUCUGGGUACCCUUUCGUCAUGCUGUCUGAUCCUUACCUGCCAAAUGGAUCUAUGUCACCUUUGUCCAACAAGGUACCCGUUGGCCAGCCAUCCCAUGGCGUCCAUCCACUCACUCCACUCAUCCCGUACAGCAAUGAGCAUUUCAGCCAUGGCUCACAUUCACCACACUUGCCAGCUGACAUCAGCCAGAAACAAGGUGUCCACCGCCCUUCUCAAACGUCAGAUAUUCCUGGUUUCUACUCCCUCCCUCCCACUGGGGUUGGACAGAUAACAUCUUCUAUGGGAUGGCAAAGCCAGCCUGUCUGUCCUUUCCAGUCAUGUGGAUUUAGACAGCCCUAUACAUCGGCGCUCUCAGCUGGGGCUACUUUCUCUAGGAUCACACAUCCCUUGAUGCUUGGCUCUGGAAUGCACACAACAGGAAUCUCACACCCAGGCAUCACAUCUCCUGGAAAACAAGAAAUGGAUCAUUAUGACCGAAGCAUGAAAUCACAACCAGAACCAAAGAGAGAGAAGGAAGCCAAGAAACCAACCAUUAAGAAGCCAUUGAAUGCUUUUAUGUUGUAUAUGAAAGAAAUGCGGGCAAAGGUCAUUGCCGAAUGCACCUUGAAAGAAAGCGCCGCUAUCAAUCAGAUUUUAGGAAGGCGGUGGCACGCAUUGUCACGGGAGGAACAAGCCAAAUACUAUGAACUGGCCCGCAAGGAGAGGCAGCUUCACAUGCAGCUCUAUCCAGGCUGGUCUGCAAGAGAUAACUAUUCUUCUUCAGGCUCUUCAUCCCGUGAUCACACAAAGUUUAACUCAGGGCCCCUGGAAUUCAGCAGUACUUCUGGGCCGAUUUCUGCAGCAAGGGGGAAAAAGAAAAGAAGAACAAGAGAAAAGCAGCAAGAUUCAAAUUCAGAUCCUGCCUCUCCUAAGAAAUGCAGAGCUCGCUUUGGCCUCAACCAACAAAUGGACUGGUGCGGCCCAUGCAGGAGGAAAAAGAAGUGCAUUCGGUACCUACAAGGAGGACGCUGUGCCAGCCCAAUUUCUUCCGAUGGAAGUGCUAUAGAUUCCCCUUCUUCCCCUUUGGAUGUGCUUCAGGGCACACCUUCCUCUUUCCCUCCAGACAAGCUUGCAGCCCCUGUGGAUUUGACGCUCCAAAACCAAGCAGACCCUUUCCCCCUACCUGCGCCUAUCGAAACUGCUAGAAGCACAUCAGGACUUACUUCAAAAUGCUCAGCGAUGCCUCGUAUACCUGCUGCAUCUAGAGAAUCCUCAGGGUACAGUGUACUAUCAAUAGGAUCAUAGCACCAGCAGAGCAGCAACCAUCAGCAAGGCUCAUCCUGCACUUUUAAGAGUGGUUUUGCUACCUAGAGAAGCUACCCAAAGCCAACUCCAGCCUCCCAUCGCACCCUCCAGCUGCAGUCUCCAAGCCAGGUGAAAGCCAAGUCAAUAUUUGGACAACACGGGUGCACUGAAAGUGCUUUUCAUUGAAGCAGGGAUGGCAGACACCCCUCUUCACAACGUAGGAAUGAGAACUCAAACUUGAUUCUGGUCAGUACGCAAAUUCUAUGCUUCUUCUACCAAACAAGCUAAAUGCAAAACAGCACAUGCAAGUUUGUAAAUAGUAGCCUGAGAGGUGCUAUACAUUCAUUUUUCUUUCUCAGUGAUAAGUUUCAGUCAUUCAGUAAACAUAUAGGGAUGCCAGAACAGCUGAAAAGCAGUAGGCAAAUGUAAAACGUGGAAUAUAUUACUAUGCUUCACAAGUAGGAAGAACUGCUGAUUCUAAGCAACUGUUUUUUUCAUAGCUGUAAUAAGAUUUGGAUAUGCCAGCAGCAUAGAAAUAGGAAGUGAUAAAAGCAUGUACUGCCUGUUUUAAGGCCUGGCAAGUAUUCUGUUUAUAUACAAAGAUCACAAAUACCUAGUGGCAAGAGUUGUAUGCAUUCCACCCAUUUAUGGUAACAAAUAUGGUAAAUAUUUGUGGUAACAAAAGCUGAAUUAUGCCAUGUUUUAGGUAUGUGAAAGUUACUUAUUCUGAUUCUGCUAGUAAUGGGAAGCAAAAUGUUACUGAAGCCAAUCAGAGAUGGAGCAUGCCAAAGUCAAAUCACAAAUAAUCUUAAGUGAUCUUUCUCUGAAAGGUUCCCAGGACUUACUUGCCAUACUUUCAGUCUUAUCCACACAGCACCAUGCUGUAUGAUGAAAUUUCUGACAGAGAAUGUGACCAAGCCUAUUCACGUUAUAUUGUAUUGCUCUCCCCCCAUGUUGUUUUAUGUAUUUAAAUGAAGUUACCUGAAGAUUUCACCCUCCAUAAUUCCUAAUCCAUCGUAAAUGCUAGGCAAAGCUUAUUGUAAAGAACAGCUGAGAUGUUACUUACCUGAUGCAUUCAUCAGAGCUAGCACUGUUUUCCUCAAAGGAUAGUGACAGGCACUCCCCUGAACAGUUCAUGCAUCUUAAUAAUGUGCAUGGGAAUAUGGAGCUACUGGAGAAAGAAUUGCAAAAUGCAAGACAAUUGUAUUGUGUGUUGAUGGGAAUGCUCCAUCCUCAAGCAGGAACCAAGGACCCAGCCACAGACCUCAAUGUAAGUCAGAGCUUAUAAACACAGAUUCCAUGAACCUAAAACACAGAAUAACUGCCUCCAAAGCACUAAAUGAAACUGCAUACAGUGACUGGCCAGUAAUAUAAUGCUGAACCUUACUAUUGUCUUUCGUCAGGGAUUUUCCCCCUUGACCAGACUCAGACAAAUUGGCACUAUUCAACUUUCUCUACAUUGCAUAGAACUGACACCAAAGAACAGUAAAAACAAUAGUCAUACACUUGAAUUUCUGAAUUUAAGUUUGGAUUUUUCUGGCUUUCCAUUACAAUUCUAUUUCAGAAUUUUAUUUUGAAACUGGAACCAAUAGCAGACAUGCAAAUGUGUGUAUUUGUACUCCGCUAUUGUCCUAUUAUGAUAAAUGAUAAUACUUUCUUAACACCAUGCUGGUGUUAGUUAUUUCAUAUUUUAGCAGUCAUCAUUUUUUUUCCUUUUAGAAAAACAUAUUAUGUGAAGAAGGCAAAGCAGCUAAUAGAACUAGAAACUGCUUGUAGUGUCAGCAUUACUUUCCCAUUUCCACAUUUUGAAUACAAAAUACACACUGUACACAGUAUUGUUGUUAUGACAUGGAAUAAACAAUCUGAAAGCACCUUUUAAAAUAACCAAAUUAUUUUUGUACUUAGGACAAAAGGGCAAGAGCCUGAACUAUUUUUUUUACAUAUUGAAACAGGAUCUCUUUCACCUUAAGACUUGUUUGCACUAGCGUAUUCCCCUCCCUUUAAAUUUUAAAACACAGUCCUAGACAAUGUAUUGCUACAUAAACACUGCGCAGUCAUAGAGACAUGCAUCUACAAAGUCAACGGGAGGUUUGGAUUUGAGGCUGUAGUUGGCCUAUCCAGGCUACCAUGAACAAUUGAAAUACCCUGAUUAACUCAUUUUUUCAGAGACCAAUAGAACAUGCACAUUUUAAGCAUAUACAUUUUCUAGUUAAAUAUUUAUAUAACAUACAAAUCACGUCAUUUUUAUGUAAAAAUAUUUAAAGUGUUUCUGCUGCCUUUCUGAGAUGUAGCACAUUUAUGUUCCCUUUUUGUCAGGGCAGAUCUUUCCCUUUAGUAUAUAUACGCAUAUGUGUGUAUGGUACAGCAUAGGCAAAAAGGACUGCCAGUUAAGAGGUGAAAUAUAUUCCCAUUUUGACUAUCAACGGGAAAACUAUGAGACCAGUUGCAUUACAUCCAUUUUAUUACAUACUUGGGGGGAAAUCCUUGAAGCCACAAGAUAAGGAAUGUAGCAUGCAGCUAGUAAGUCUAUAGCAGUAGGGUUCCCCACUUUUCUUCACUUGGGAAACAUAAUUUGUAACAGAAUGUUGUACAGCUGCCUUAAAAAUGUAAAUUUUUAUAUUAGGGCAAAGACUUCAAUGCAAUUGCUCCAAUUGUUGAUUCUUACCUAUAUUAGGGGAAGGUAUAUAGAAAAUUUAGCUUUGCACACAAAAUUUAAGAUAUAUGGAUAGGAAGUAUUAUGCCUAUACAAAGUAGAAAGAAAAAAUACAGGGAGCAUUCGUCUCUAAAAUUUAAUUUGCGGUCAAUACAGUCCUUUUGUUAUAGAUAAAUGAAAUGGGCCAGUGUUAUUUAAGCAAGUACUCUACAAAAGUCUGCAAAGUUGCUACAUAAGAAACUUCAGGAAAGAGGUAGAGAGGAAAUACCUAAUCAUCCAAACAAUUCAACAUAACAGCAAGAAAUGGUUCAUCAUCCUAACUUACAUGAGUUUCAGGCCAGAAUGUUGGAAACGCAUCUCAUUUUUUUUACCGUUUGAAAUGCCAACUUGAAAUUUUCAGCUGACAUCUGGCAGUUGCAUUGGACAACUUAGUAAAAAUAUGGUUGCACCAUGGAAACAAACUGUUAAUUCUAUAUAGCCCAAUGUAAUGAAAAUUGCUAAAUUCCUAUUUGGAGAAACGUUAUUUGUUGACUAAUAGGGGAGGAAAUUAUGGUGAGGUAGGAAGAACAGUUCCUUACAUUGCUUUCAUUCAAGCAACAUGAGAACUAAAACAGAAUAAGCAAGAAGGUUCAGUAUUAAGUCAUUUGAAUGAAAGCAAAACUGGGCCUCAGAACUUUUAUUUUACCUGCAAAAGAAUUGGUAUUAACAUAAUAGUGUUUUGAAACUCUCCUACAGGUGCCACUAAAUGUCUCUUACCUUACCAGGAUCAGGGAUUGCCCUCUCCUCCCAAGCUCAAAGCUACAUAUAAAUUCUGUAAAACCUUCUCACCCCAAGCCAGAACAAUCAUAGAUCUAGGUUCGUUAGGAAUAAAUAGCUCACUCCUCAAAAUAGUGUUGGUUAGGCAAGCUCUGUGUUGAUAAGUGAAAGAUUUACAUUUUUGUCAUUAGGAAACCCAGUUGUUUUUACACACACUAACUCUUACAAAUACUCCUUUAAGCAACCAAUACACUCUCCUUCCCAAAAAAAAGUCACUGAAAUGCCAAAAAGUAGAUUUUUAGAUAUGCUAUAUGAAGUUUUUUUGUUUCAGUACAUUUAUGUCUUUUUUUAAAAAAAUGAAAGCUUUGCCCUUCAUGUUUUAUUCCAGUCUUUAUGUUCAAUUGCAGUUCUUUUAACAUACUUGAUUUCCUGAAACCUGUCUGAAUGUACAAGUCAUGGAAAUACCACUUUUAACGAGUCACAUAAAAUCGCUAUAUGUAUGUAGCAGGGAAAAUGUCUUUCAUUUGUUCAACUAUCAACUGUUGUAAUUUUUUUUCCUGAGCUUGUAUUUUUGCUUUUAUGUUCAAAAUUUCUUUAUGGCUUUAUAAAUAAAAAUAUUCCAGUCUGUCUAUUCAAAAAUGGACAACUGGAAAAUAUAAUCCUAUAAA